AGAGAUGGACGCGGAGGAAGCGGCGGCGGCGGCGGCGGGGAACAGCCUGACCCCGCCCCAGCCGCCCCAGCCGCAGGCUGCCCCCUGCCUGGCUGGGGCCGCGGAGGGCUUCCCGGGCCCGGAGCAGCGGAAGUCCCCGGUGGCGAGACAGGGCGCUGCCAGGGCUCAAGGCAGCGUUCAUCAUUCUCCUCCUCCAUCUCAUCCCCACAACAACAACCCUGUGAGCUUGGGGGAAAUUAUUGCGGCCAAACCAGGGAAAACACCAAUUCAGCUGUUGCAUGAAUAUGGCACAAAGGCUAACCUCAAUCCUACGUAUGAAUUUGAAAAAGCUGAAGGACAAGUACAUAUGCCUAUCUUUACCUAUAAAGUCACUAUAGGUGACAUAACUGCAACAGGAGAGGGUCCUAGCAAGAAAGUUGCAAAACAAAGAGCAGCAGAAGCUGCACUGCACAUCUUGAAAGGCAGUUCUAAUAUUUGUAUUUCUGUGCCAGACCACUUAAUUCCUGAACCUUUCGAUCAAGCUCAGAAUCAGGCCAAUCCUAUAGGAUCAUUGCAGGAGCUGGCUAUUCAGAAAGGCUGGAGACUUCCAGAGUAUUCACUGGCCCAGGAGACAGGGCCACCUCAUAAAAGAGAGUUUACCAUGACUUGCAGAAUAGAAACAUUUGUGGAAACAGGGGUGGGGACUUCUAAAAAGUUAGCCAAGCGAAAUGCUGCUGAGAAAUUACUUGAAAAAUUCCACAGUUUAUCUGGAGAUAGUUUUACUACUUCUUUAGGAAAUGAGCAGAGUCAUAAUUUGCGAUGUACGUGGGACACCUUAAGGAACUCAAAUGGAGAAAAAAUCAUGUUGCUGAAGAGAAGUUCCCUCAGUAUUCCCAAUACAGAUUAUGUCCAGCUCCUUGGAGAAAUUGCAGAUGAACAAAGUUUUAAUACAACGUACUUGAAUAUAGAGGAACUGAGCGUUAAUGGACAAUUCCAGUGUCUUGCAGAACUUUCAACUAACCCAAUCACAGUUUGCCAUGGGACUGGAAUCUCCUGGGGUAACGCGCACAAUGAUGCCGCACACAAUGCACUACAGUAUUUAAAAAUCAUGGCUGGAAGGAAAUAAGCUUCAAGCAAAGGGAAAUAUUUAGAGAGAAGCAUCACUCAGAAGGAUACAUGUAUCCAAGCCAAGCAGUUUCCAAACUACUGAGGCUGUUUUUUAGUCACAUCACAAAAUCGAUAGAUACAAUUAUCCAUUAUAAGGAAAUAAUCUAAAUCCAUUAUUGCAAGGUUUUUGUUUUGGAUAGCUAGACUCAGGAAUCCCAGAUCCCUGCAUAACUGGAUGCAUGGGAUGAGACAUGGAAUUCAGCUUUCUAGAGUCUGAUGGGUCAGAAUCCUCAGGGCUAAAGUAGACAUGACUCUAAACCAUGGAUGGGCAGAAGUUAAAGUGGGAACGAUCGGUAGACGAGUUGCAAUACAUCCACCAUGCUUUCCAACUUGAUUUCACAAGUAGGAACAAGAAAAAGCCACCUGUCCCUCCUAACUUAGGCAGCUGAAAUCAUGAAAAUUUGGAGGGAAUCACGAAUAGAGUUAUGUGUGAAACUGGUCUGCAAGCUUCAAUUCUGGUACCAAAAGCGCAUUGCUAGGGUCAGCAUCUUCUCAAAUAUACCCUGUCCAGCAAUUCAGUCUUCAUCAAGUACUAUUUUGCACCUGGCUCUACUUGAUGAACCAAAGUGAAAACUAAAGUAGAUCACAUACGGCUAAAGUCUACCAUGACCUGCUAGAAACAAAGAUCUACACCCCAAAAAGCAGCCACCCCUAUAUUGACAUCACAGUGAGAAUGCUGUGACAUAAUAAUACCAAAUAAAUUCUAUUAGAUAUUACAGGGAGUGAUGGUAGAGAGAACUACAGGUGUGGCUACCCUUUUAACUGUAUGUUUAGAAUAAUGUCUACUUUGCUCCUCAGAAAACAUACCUUCAAAUGAAUUUCCAAGCACUACACAUUCCCUUCCUUUGAAAGCACCCUGACUUCAGUACUGCAUGUCUCUGUUACACUUCUUGCAUUUCAUGACAAAAUUGCAAAGUCUAGAAAAAAGGAAGUUUAGGAAUUAGAUACUACUGACAUGGAAUACUUUGGACAAAAAUGGCCAUCUUUGUGAUUUAUUGCAAUUAGAGUAACUUAUUUUUUCUGGCUGAAUUGGGGUCAGGGUUUAAUGCGGAAUACUAGAAUUACUGUAUUUACUGUAUUCAGCUUUAGUACGAUGAAGUAGCUUUGAGCCUACGUGGCAAACCUACUAAAGCUUGCAGGCACCUUCAGAAAACUUCUGUGUAUGGGAUCUUAAAACCAAAGUUGCUGAUAUCUGAAACUAAGGACGUUUCUGCUUCGAAAAGCUUUAUAUGAUGUGAUGGACAUGGAAUAUUAUACAGGUUCCGGUAUUUGAAUUUCUCAGUGUGUGAACUGUGGCCUUUUUAACCCUAUGGUUUGAAGACUGAAUUUUUAUAGAAAUAAUUAUUGACAUCACUGCCAUUUUUCAUAAGGUGUCUAUAAAAGUCAUUAGUCAUUCUUUAAUAAAUUGUUUUAAAGAA